GUCUUCUGAGUGACCUUUCCCUGCCGUGCACUACCACAGCCCUUACAGUGAUGACCGCAAAAGCAGAGCUCUCAAGCUGGUCAGAGUACUCAGAGGAUUUCACUCUGCUGCAGCGGCGCAACUUGGCCCACAUCAACUCCAAAAGUUGGAUUUCCUCUAAUCCGCUCCGUGCGUUCUCCAGGAAGGACGCGCACGGCUCUGUAGACCCGGGCCUCUCACUGGAGCAACUUGUGCCAACGAGUAAACUGCCUGACUGCGUUUCCCCCGUAGGCAUCAUGGAGACAGACUGUGACAGGGCAGCAGAGGGAAACAAGACGGGCCACUUUGGCCCCCAGAGAUACAGGCGCGUCGCAGCCAACGCCAGAGAGAGGAGGAGGAUGCACGGCCUGAACAAAGCGUUUGACGAGCUGAGGAGCGUCAUCCCGUCACUGGAAAACGAGAAGAAGCUGUCCAAAUAUGACACCCUCCAAAUGGCGCAGAUAUACAUCACGGAGUUGUCUGAGCUCCUGUCCGGCGUGGUCCACCCGGAGUGCAGGAGCCCCCGUCCAAGCGAGACGUCCAGGAGGAGUCUGAUCCACUCCCUCAUUCCGACAGGCACCACGCAGCCCCCGAACCCACUGACCGGAGAACAGCGGGAACCCACCGCCUCUGUAGGCCACCUUAUCAUACUUGGACCUAAAUCUGACCUGGGGACAGUAAAUAAAACCACAACCUCUUCUCACAGCAGUGAUGGAGAAUCUUCUCAUCUCAGUGACUUGGAGGAAAGUCAGAGUGGAAGACAGUAACAGGG